UUUUUGUUGAAUUUAUCCAAUUUCUCUAUUAUUUUUCCAGAUUCUUUCGAUUCCUCUCCUUUAUUAGUCCCAUUAACUUGUUGGAUACCUCCUCCUAAAAUACAACAAGUUCUUUCCUUUACAAUGCCACAAUGGAAAGCUUAACGUACUACAAUAUUACAACCAACUUAUAAUCAUCAACAUUUAUUAGUUGCCGGAAAUGAAUUAGCUCCAGGGUGUAUUUAUAUGUUCCAUAUAGCCUCACAAUUGUUAAUUCGAACAUUUACUACACCAAAACACUCACAGGUCACUUCUUUGUGUGCCUCUAGAUGUAAAGAAAAAAACACAAACAUUUCAAUCCAACAACAACAACAUUUCUUUACAAGUGCAACAUCUGAGGGAACAAUUCAAAUUUGGAGUUUUACACAAGCAGACCCUUUAAAAUCCUUGGAAGUUAGUUCUACACGGAUUUUUACAACAGCUUUGAGUAGUGACGAUAAAUGGAUUGUUGCCGGUUCUGCCGAUUCUUGUGCAAGAAUUGUAACUUUAGAUAGUGGGAAAGUAACAAAAGUUUUUCGUGACCAUACAGGUAAAGGAAUGCUUCUUAAAAUUAAAAAAAAUUUUAAAAAAUUAAAAGGACCAGUAGUUGGGUUACAAAUUUCGUCAGACGAUUCCUUGUUGGUUACUGGUUCUGGUGAUUUUGCUGUUAUGGUUUGGGAUAUUGAAAAGGAAAUUAUUAUUGUAAAUAAAAUAUUUUUUUUGAAAAUUUUUAAAUAAUUUCUUUUUAAUUUUUAG